UAGCUGUGUACAUACUUGCAGUGACUACCAGCGGAACUUCACCAGCGCCAACACAGCCAUCGAGAUAGCAGCAGCUGGACCAGGGGUUCUUCAAGCAGUCUGGCUCCUGGCACUGGCACUUGUCUUCAAGUGUGUGGUUACAGUAUUUACAUUUGGAAUCAAGGUGCCUUGUGGUCUCUUUAUACCAUCUCUGGCCAUGGGUGCCAUCAUUGGGCGCCUGGUGGGCAUUGGCAUGGAGCAACUAGCAUAUCACAAUCAAGACUGGGCGGUGUUUGCUGGGGAGUGCAGCACUGGGGAAAACUGCAUCACCCCAGGACUGUACGCUAUGGUAGGAGCAGCAGCUGUACUCGGUGGAGUCACACGCAUGACAGUGUCGCUGGUUGUGAUAAUGUUCGAGUUGACAGGAGGAGUACGAUACAUCGUGCCCCUUAUGGCUGCAGUUAUGGCAAGCAAAUGGAUUGGAGAUGCAUUUGGCCGUGAGGGUAUUUAUGAUGCUCACAUCAUCCUCAAUGGUUAUCCUUUCCUGGAUUCCAAGGAAGAGUUCAGUCACACUACCUUGGCACAUGAUGUGAUGAAACCAGGGAAGAACGAGUCAUUCUAUGUGAUCACACAAGACAGCAUGACUCUGGAUGAUGUGGAGCAGCUUCUCCGAGAGACGGACCACAAUGGAUUCCCUGUAGUUGUAAGCAGGCAGUCUCAGUACCUGGUUGGCUUUGUCGCCAGACGAGACUUAAACAUCGCCAUCAAUCAAGCCAAAAAGAAUACAGAAGGUAUAGUUGGUGAGUCAGUGGUGUUGUUCACAGCUUCUGUACCAUCACCGUGGAUGGGUCCUCCACCUCUCCGCCUCCGCAAGAUCCUGGAUCUUGCUCCCAUCACCAUCACUGAUCAGACUCCAAUGGAGACAGUGGUUGACAUGUUCAGAAAGCUUGGCUUGAGGCAAACUCUUGUCACACACAAUGGACGCUUGUUGGGGAUUAUCACCAAGAAGGACGUUCUACGCCACAUUAAGUUCCUGGAGAGCGAGGACCCAGAGUCUGUAUUGUUCAACUGAUCCCCUCAACAUGCUCGGGCUCAAUCAUUCACCUGGUUUUAAUUUAUUAUAUUUGUAUCUUGGAGGUAUUAUUGAAGUGUACCACCACAGUGGUGUGUACAUACCUCCAAGAUGAACAGGUUUCCACCCAGGCAUCACUCGCUCCCCUGUCUGCUAUCAUUCACCAUGUUAGGUAAAUGCACACAGAUGCAUUUUUUUUUUAACACGCUGGCCAUAUCCCACUGAGGCAGGGUGACCUAACAAGAAAAAUGAAUGUUUUUCUUUUAACAUUUAGUAAUUUAAGCAGGUGAUGGGGUUACUAGCCCCAUGUUCUCAGUAUGCAACUAAUAUAACAUUUUAUUGUGGCACUGUUUUGCUUACCAGGAGCUUUGACAAGCUCUUAGAGAGCAAAACAUUGCCACAAUAAAAUAUCACAUUAGUUGCAUCUGUGUCCAUUUACCUAACAUUUUGUCAGUAAUAUUACCAUCAUUAGCAUUCAGGGUGACUCUGGACAUAUAGUGCACUCUAGUGGUGGGAGCCAGCUGAUGGGCAGGUGUAUAUGCCAAAUAGUAUAAGGAAACAGUUCUUUAUCAGUAUAUUUUUAUAGUUUUGUGUUCCAGAUAAUGUACAGACCUUCUAUUGUGAUAAUUUGUCGCACUGUAUUUAUCCAAGAUGUAUAGCUCUUUACUAAGGAGGAUUAUAUUACAUGUAUCUGUAUAUUAUGCUAUUAAUGCUAUCUGUUGCUUUGGCUGAAGUAUAGCUUAACACCAUGGAAGCAGGGAAUGUUGCAACACUAGUUCUGCAGUGAUCAGGUGAAGCUCAGUGCUGAUCUACACUGGGGGAAUUGUAGCUGUGCAGUGAUCAUGUAAACUGUGUGUUAGUCAACACUGUAGGAGCAGUAGCUCUGCAUUGAUCACUUGAUGCUCUUAUUGCUCCUUUACACUGACCAUAUGACUGCUGGUGGUCCUUAAGAUACCACAACUGCUGGUGGUC